AUGGAGAUCGAAAUAGAUCUCUCUCUUUCUUUAUUUCUUUCUUUCUCUCUAUCUUCCUCUCCCUCUCUCUCUCCCUCUCCCUCUCUUUGCUCCUUUUAUUAUAUUUUUUCUUUCCAUUUUCACUUUCUCGCAUUAUCCCUUUUCAUCCCUAUCCUCUUUCUUUCUUUCUUGCUUAUUUUCUCUCACUCUUUAUUUCGUACUUUCUUUCUUUCUUUCUGUCAUUCGUUCUUUCUCUCUCUCUCUCUCUUCUCUUUCAUUUUUUUUCCUAUCAUCGAUUUCUUUCUUUUAACAUUUUCGUUUCCCAUUUCUUUAAAUAAUUUCAAUGCUUUUGUUCCUCUCUCUCUCUCUCUCCCCAUCUCCUCCUCCCUCUCUUUUCAUUUUUUUCUUUCAUUUCGCAUUAGUACUUUUCUUUCGCUAUCUUCGUUUUCUUUUCUAUCUUUUCGUCCCUUUCAUCCCUAUUUACUUUCUUUCUUGCUUCUCCUCAUUUUUUCUUUUCUUUCUUUCAUGUCUUUUUUUGCAACUUUUCUCUUUCUCCCCUCAUUUUUUUUGUAUCACUCGAAUUCUUCGAAUUUUUAA